GAAACCGAGCGAGCAGAGGGAGGGUCUGCGCAGUCAGUAAUCUCCUGGACUCGAGAGCAAGCAUGUCUGACCCUGCGGUCUGCAGCUUCAUUACCAAGGUCUUGUGCUCUAACGGGGGGCGGCUGGAGUACAGCAAGAUCCCCGAGCACGUGGGGCUCUCUGAGCAGCAGCUGGAGCAGAUCCUGCAGGAUGUGGGGCACGAGAGGUUUCUGGUGCACCAGGAGUUGGGCGGCCGCUGGGUGAUCGCUGUGUCCCCGCUGCGGCUCUGCGUCCGCAAGGAGUGUGCGGGCUGCGAGCGCCUCCACUUCUGCAAGCUCAACCUCAUGGGCAAGUGCAACUUUGGAGUCCGGGCAUGUAAAUACUCCCAUGAUAUCUUCACGGAUGGGAACCGAAAAGUGCUGAAGACCCAUGAAGUCAGUGGCCUAAACGAAAAUGAGCUGCGGGUCCUGCUCCUCCAGAAUGACCCUUUCCUCCUGCCUGAUAAUCCAUAUGCAGGUUGGGUUAAGAAAAGCCUAAUGACUGGAAGGGGGGAAAAAAAGUCUCUCAGACAUUUCUCCUUCCUCCCUCCCCAGGUAUGCCAAUUCUAUAACAAAGGUAGAGGACCGCAUGGGACUUGCAGCCAGCAAGACAAUUGCAACAAACUUCAUGUUUGCCGACAUUUCCUCCGAGGAGAGUGUAGGUUUUCCAAGUGCAACAGAUCCCACAGGAUUAUGGACAACAAUGUGCUGAAGUUGCUGCUAGCAGAAGGAUUAAAUAUUUGUGUCGCAAAGAACAUCCAGGUUAUCUGUGAUCACAAGCAUAUCAAGUUCAGCGAGGAUGUGGGCCGGAGGAGAAUGCCUCCCCUACACGUUAGACCUACACCAGGUGGAGAUAAAAAGAGCGCAAAUGCUGGGAAUCCAGAAGAAAUUGAACCUAAGCCUACUUCCAUUACACCAGCCUCUACAUCACAUGAGCCUACCCCACCAGGUGUCAAAGCUGUUCCUUCUAUUAAUGCUUCUGGGACCAAUGAAAUUAAAAAAUGUGAUGAGAUAUGCCUGUACUAUAUCUGGAGGUACUGCAAACAUAAAGAUGACUGCAGGAUGAUUCAUUAUCAUCUGCCUUAUCGAUGGCAGAGGUUUGAUGGAGUCAAUUGGCUUGAUAUUCCCAGAAUGGAGGUAGUCGAAAAGGCCUAUUGUGACCCCAAAAACGACAGCGUAGCAGAUCAGAACAUCAAUUUCAGGUCAAUUACCUCCUCUUCUGCUUUGCUUCGACGCCUCUCCACACCAUCAUCGGUUACAAAACCCUCCAAAUUCAUAAUGACAACAAAAUGGAUUUGGUAUUGGAAAAAUGAUCUAGGCCAGUGGAUUGAAUAUGGGAAACAGGACUUCAGCCUCGGAGAGCGCUCAGGAUGGAUGGUGGUCAAUGAAGGGGAUGGACUACAGGGAGCUUCUGCGCUAGCUUCUGAUGAUUUGGAGAAUUUAUUUCUGGCGAAUCCAAAUGACCUCCUACAAUUUCAGGCUGGUGCCCAACAAUACGAGAUCAAUUUUAAAGAAAUGGUCCAGAAAAAUGUCCGCUAUCAAACUCAAAGAGAAGUCCGCAGGCGACCAAAGUUUGUGUCCUCGGAAGAUGUGAAAAAAAUGAGGAAAGGCCAAAGAGUGACUGAUCCUCCAGAUCAAAACUAUCCUAGAAACUGGGACAAAUCUGCACUGCCUGACGUAGGGUACAAGGCAGUGGCGAUCACUAAUCCAUCCUCUGAAUACACUGAAAUCGAGACCCUAUUUAAAAGGACAAUGAACAAUUAUGUUAUCCAGAGAAUCAGGAGGAUUCAGAACCCCUCCCUUUGGCAAGUCUUUCAGUGGCAAAAAGAGCAGAUGAAGAAGAAAAAUGGAGGGAAAGAUGUAGAUGAGAAGCUUCUGUUCCAUGGAACCAACAGUUCCCAUUUGGAAGCCAUCUGCAAUCACAAUUUUGACUGGAGAAUCUGUGGGGUCCAUGGAACAAACUAUGGAAAAGGAAGUUACUUCGCCAGAGAUGCUAAGUAUGCGCACUGUUAUAGUCAAUCUCCUGCAAAAAGGAACACCAUGUUUGUGGCUCGAGUUCUAGUUGGAGACUUUGUUAGAGGAAACCCAACCUACGUUCGUCCCCCACAAAAAGCUGCUGAUAUGCUCACCUUUUACGACUGCUGUGUGGACAAUGUGCUGGUUCCCUCCAUUUUUGUCAUCUUUGAGAAGCAUCAGAUUUAUCCAGAGUAUAUAAUAGACUAUAGUGAAGAAGAAAAAAAAUGUUUUGUAUCGUAAAUAAGGGAGAGAGCCGUUUGUAUCGCUCACUGCAGCAUUCAGACCUAAUUUUACAUGUUUUUAAGGGUUUCCUAUCCUGGAUUAGAUUGUCUAAUAGUCAUCUCUCAUUUUUAAUAGAGCACCUUUCCAACUGCUACAUCCAAAGAAUUUGCUCCUUGAAGGAGGUUGGCAGGAGGAACGUCCUGCACACUAGGCGAUUACUCUUUUUCAUCCAACUGUUGACUUUCACUUGUUCAUAGUAUGUAAACCUUAGGGUAGCCCCACAUAGGAGGGGUCAGAAUUGGGGAUGUGGGAGUGGAAUAGUGUGAUUCUUCUUUGUGCAGCAACAAUCAGCUUUGGAAAUACUGACUAGAAAGGAUUUCUCUUGAGAAAUACGUUCAACUGAGAGAAAAAUUGUCAACUCUAGUUUAAUAUAGUUGACAACUUGAUUGUAGGCUUACGGCUUUUCAAUUUUGUAGUGCUCCGAAUGAUGAGUCAUUCAACUCUGAUGACUUUACUGAGGUGGCUCUUUCCCUUACCUACGCUAUCAUUUCCAAGAGACCUGUGAAUGAGUUUACUGUGGAUUUGACAGGGUGGUGUUCUUGGAGUACUGUAUGUCGAUGUCAAUAUUUUAGAUUAAAAUCAGUAACUAGACAAAUAAGAAGUCUGUUCUUUUAAAUUGGUGUAAUGAAUAAGGUCUCAAAAGGAGGAGUUCCUCCUGCUGCACAAGCAAUGUCAACCUAGUGGUUAGAGCAGAAUACUGUCAGCCAUGGUUCUGUUUCCAACUCUAUAGCAGAUUUGCUGUGCAACUUGAUCUGUAGGUAGGAAAGCUGGAGGUAGACCAUACCAAUGGACCGUCUGGGAAAAGGCAUGUCCCAGAAUUUGUUGUUUCAGUUGCUAAUGAUUACAUGCAUAAAUUUAAAGGCUUGGUUGAGAUUCACUUGAAACCCUUGCCUUUAGUGUAUUACGUUUUCCACAUGUGGAUAUUUGUCCAGCAAAUGCUGUAGGACAGAAGUAAUGUCUUGGGGUGCUUUGAUGUUUUUCUGUCAUGCAGGAUGGACAGUAAUUUUCGUUGUGCCAGGGACAUCACAUGACUUGUGUAGAGUGAACGUCUUUAAAGAUGUUCUUCAUCACUCUGGUGCAGUAGAACGUGCUCACUCGACAAGAACUGGUUAGUUCCUAAUUAACUAUGUCAUCUUCAUUUUCUAUGGCCAGUUGUACGCUAGGAAAAUUACCCACUGCUGACAAUGAUGAGCCAAGCAUAGUCAUAACAGUGUUGUAACUAUUGCUUCUGAAGUGGUUUGGGUCUUACCAGAUUUUUCUGGUCUACGUUUUCUUAUAAACCAUGUUUAGCAUUACCCCGUGUCAGCAAUGGGUAACUUUCCUAAUAGUGACCAAGCAUGUUUUAAUAACAGAUCUGCAGUCUGUUGAGCUCUCAUUCAAGGGGUUUUUUGAUAAUGAAGAUCACAUUUCCAUCAUCCCCUACUAACUUUCUAAGAGCUCACCUUUUGGGCUGAAAUGCCUCUGCUCAAAGGUGAAUCAUUUUGGCAAGAGUGAGCAAACUCCCUUGGCUGGUGGGAGGGGAACACUGCUACAGCAAGAACUACUGAAGUUUAUAAUGUGGCAUGUUUGAAGACUAUUGCAUUUUGCUAGGCUUGGCGGGCGGGAACUGGUUUUGAAUUUAGUCCAGUUGUAACCACAUCCUGGGCAUGGGAGUUAAACAAAUUCCAGGCUGGAGAUGCUUAUGUGAGCUGCUGGGAAUUGACAAGCUUCCACUGAGGGAGAAGGAUGUAAGACUAGGAAACGAAAAUGCAGUAAAUGUCUCAAGCCUUUAUACAAUCAAAUAAUGUUUGUUUUCAACCUUUUUU